AAGGCACCCAGGCUGUUCUCUGUUAGCUCCUCCACUAGCUGAAGAAGAAACACAGGACAGAGACUCUGAGGGAGACACAAGUUGUCUUCGGCAGAGGCCAUAAGGGCUGUGUGAGUGUGUGUCUGUGAAAUUCUUCACAUUGGUUGGAGCUGUAUGGAGGGUGUGUGUGUGUGGUGUUUUGUUGCUGAGGUUUAAGCUGGUGCGUAUGUGUGAAGGGCGUGUUGUUAGUGGUCAAUCCAUGUGUUAAGGAUUUGACAAGGUGGGUUAUGGAUAUGUGAGUUUCUGUGUUAAGAAAUGAACAGUCUUUAGUUAGUGUUGUCAGUGACACUACAGGCUUGUUUGAGGCUCUGAGCGGUUGUGUAGAUUUACGACAGGACUGAUUUGUAUGCAAGACUAGAGAGUAAUUUUUUUGUCUUGUCAUUGGAACUUGAUAUUAUAUAGCCUAGCCUAUGUGUUUGUAUGUGUUCCAGCGUAUCAGUGUGUGUUUUUGUGCGAGAAUUUGCUUCUGUGUGUGAGAGACUAGCUGUGUGCUUGAGUGUGUGUGAGCCGGUGUGUGUGUGUGUACCCACCAUGCCCCUGCCUGUGCCCGAUGUCCCAGCCUCUCGGAGGCUGACACUGGACUGUCGUUUCCUCCUGGAUCAUCGCGUUGGCAGGGGGGUGUGUGGUUGCUGUGGGGCUCUGAGGCCCCGCUACAAGAGACUGGUGGACAACAUUUUCCCAGAGGACCCAGAGGACGGGUUGGUGAAGGCUAACAUGGAGAAGUUGACGUUCUAUGCCCUGUCAGCUCCAGAGAAGCUGGACCGUAUCGGGGCCUACCUGUCAGAGAGGCUCUCCAGGGACGUGGCUAGGCACCGCUACGGGUAUGUGUGUAUAGCUAUGGAGGCUCUGGAUCAGUUGCUGAUGGCGUGCCACUGUCAGAGCAUCAACCUGUUUGUGGAGAGUUUCCUUAAGAUGGUCCGUAAACUGCUGGAGGCCGACAAACCCAACCUACAGAUCCUGGGAACCAACUCUUUUGUGAAGUUUGCCAACAUUGAGGAGGACACUGCUUCUUAUCAUCGCAGCUAUGACUUCUUUGUUUCGCGCUUCAGCGAGAUGUGUCACUCCAGCUACGAGGACCCAGACAUCCGCACCAAGAUCCGUAUGGCUGGGAUAAAUGGUCUACAGGGGGUUGUGAGGAAGACUGUGAAUGAUGACCUACAGUCUAACAUCUGGGACCCCCAGCACAUGGACAAGAUCGUCCCCUCACUGCUCUUCAACCUGCAGAGUGGAGAGGGCACUGAGAGCCGCUCCCCCUCUCCCCUGCAAGCGUCGGAGAAAGAGAAGGAGAGUCCGGCAGAGCUGACGGAGCGCUGCUUCAGAGAGCUGCUGGGACGGGCUGCCUACGGCAACAUCAAGAACGCUGUCACACCAGUACUCAUGCACUUAGAUAACCACUCUCUGUGGGAGGGGAAGACCUUUGCAGUCCGCUGCUUUAAGAUCAUCAUGUACUCUAUCCAGUCGCAGCACUCUCACCUGGUCAUCCAGCAGCUGCUAGGUCACCUGGAUGCCAACAGUAAGAAUUCAGCCACAGUGCGUGCUGGGAUAGUGGAAGUCCUCCUGGAGGCUGCAGCUAUUGCUUCCAGCGGCUCUGUAGGCCCCACUGUGUUGGAGGUGUUUAACACUCUGCUAAGGCAGCUGCGUCUCAGUGUGGACUACGAGCUGACCGGCUCCUACGACGCUAGCGGAAACAUUGGCAUCAAGAUCAUCAAAACACAUGAGGAGAGACAGCUACAGGAAGCCGUCAUCAGGACUAUUGGGUCGUUUGCGAACACCCUCCCUACAUACCAGCGCUCCGAGGUCAUGCUCUUCAUCAUGGGCAAGAUUCCUGUACCGGGGGUACACCCCGCACUCACAAACGCAGGCUCAGGGGGUUGUGAAGGGACCAGGAUGAUCCAGAUCAUGCUGCUGAAGUCACUGGUUCAGGUGACGACAGGGUUCCAGACCACCAACAUGCUGACGGCGCUACCCAACUCAUUCCUGGAGCCGCUGCUGUCCUUCUCUCUGAUGGAGGACCCGGAGGUCAGACUGCUGGUGCUCACCAUCCUUCUCAGUGUUAUAGACAGACACGACAACACACCCAAGUUCUCCAGCAUCAGCAUUAUAUCAGAUAUCUCUGUUCUCAAACUGAAAGUGGAUAAGUGCUCUCGACAGGACAACCUUUUCAUGAAAAAGCAUGCACAGCAGUUGUACCGCCACAUCUACUUGGCGUGUAAGGAGCAGAGCAGUGGUCCACAGCACUUUGAGACGCUUUACACCCUGCUGGCCCUCAUCAGCAUGGAACUGGCCAACGAAGAGGUGGUGGUGGACCUCAUCAGACUGGCCCUGGCCCUGCAGGAGUUGGCUCAAACCAACGAGGAGUCUCUGUCAGUCUAUAACCGCUGUGCUGUCCAUGCCCUCUCUGCUGCCUACCUCAACCUCAUCUGUCAACUCACCACCGUCCCCACUUUCUGUCAGCACAUACACGAGGUGAUUGAGAUGAGACAGAAGGAGGUACCCUUCCUUCUCCCUGAGGACGUCUUCAUAGAAAACCCCAAGCUCCCUGCCUCUCUGGAGAAGUUGGAGGGGGAUGUUCUGUUCCAGCAGUCUAAGAUCACAGAAGUCUUGGGGGGCAGCGGCUACAACACAGACAGGCUGGCCACACCCUACAUCCCUCAGUUCACAGACGAGGACCGUCUGUCCAAGAGGAAGAGCAUUGGAGAGACCAUCUCACUACAGGUGGAGGUGGAGUCUAGGAACAGCCCAGAGAAAGAGGAGAGGACUCCAGCAGAGGAGAUCACAUUUGAAACUCUGAAAAACGCCAUUGUGGACAGUGUGGGGAUGGAGGAGCAGGAGAGAGAGCGCAGGAGGCAGGUGGUGGAGAAGUUCCAGAAGGCCCCCUUCGAGGAGAUAGCUGCCCACUGCGGUGCCAGGGCCACGUUGCUGCAGAGCAAACUCAAUCAGAUCUUUGAGAUCACAAUCCGACCCCCUCCCAGCCCGUCUGGCACCAUCUCAUCAGGCUACGGCCAGACCCAGAGCCGCUCGGUGCCCGUCUACGAGAUGAAGUUCCCUGACCUCUGUGUCUACUAGCCCUAAAGGUCAGGGGUCACCCUAGGAGGAGAGGGGAACAGGGGGUGUGGAGCUACAGCAGCCCUCGGUGUUAAAACAACUACAGACACUGACCUGUUCCCCCUGCUCCCCAUUCUCAUUCUGUCAAGAGCUACUGACAUGACUGACCAUGUGUUUUUUGCACUGUGAUCGCAGACUAAACAAAGACAAACAAAAAGGCAGCAGUGUGAGAUAUCGACCCUUCACCCUUUGCUCGACCCCUCCCCCCACCCUAAAAAUUCCCAUAUGACUGUCACCGGCUUGGGUUAGACUGUAGCCAGAAAGACCGUGGAGAAGAACAAUGGAUGGACUGAGGAUGGAUAGAACAGGGAGGAGAGAACAUAGUGAUCCCCAGUUUUAACCUUCUUUCCCCCCUGAUUAACUUGCUGCAUGCCCACCACUCUAAACACCACCCUUGAGCCCAUUACUAGUGUCUAGUCGUUGUCCUAGUUUAUCCCUCAAUGGAUGCAUUACUACCCAAAGUGCACCAACAACAAAAUGGCUAAUUGCCAAAUGUAACUAAAUCAAAUGUUCUCAUUAGUUUUAUUGUAUUGCAGUGAUUUAGUUUUUCAGUGGAAAGGGACAACGUUAAAUACCUGACAAUGGAAGCUGUAAUGAAACAUGUAUGGAAUCUAGUGUUUUAGUUUUCAGUGGGAUGACUACUUCUGAAACACUAUCCCCACUCCCUGCUCAGACCAUUCAGUUCUAAGUCAACGGUGCAUUGUGUUUGCUUGGUGCUUUUCAUGUCUUUUUAGGUUUUUAUUUGAAGUCUCUGGGGUGAGAACUCCAGAGUAUUUUUUUGUGUCGCUGCGUGUUAGCCGGGUGUGCUUUUGAUGCUGACCCAAAUGAUCUUCAUUUUGUAUUUUUUACCCCCUUGCUUUUUAAAUGUUGUAUAUUGUAAUCCAUGAUUUGACUGCAAAGGUUAAAGUGUGUGACGUGUGUGCUGUCCUCCGAAAUGUGAGAGUGCCCUACAGGUGACAGCAGAACUAGAUUCAACCAGUCCAACCGUUCCUAAAACCAGUCAUAGCUUUCCCACUUUGUAAGGAUCUGAAGAGUGUACAGUUAUGUUUACAUGCUCAAACACAAGCAUAUGGGUCGUUCCAUCAAUACGGUGCCUUUUGAGAUGUGGAACUUGGUUAAAAGAAACUUCUGAUUUCACCUCAUUUUAACAUUGUUGUAAAGGGCAAGAUAUACAAAUAAUACUAUAUAAUACUAUAUAUAGUAAGUGGCAAAUAAAGUAACAGGAUUGACGAUUUCAUUUUAAAUCAGCCACCCCGUUACAAGGGAAUUGUAAGCUUGUUGUGUGCAACAGGGAGGGGCAAUUGCAUGGAUUUGUUAAAACAUUUCUAGCCUGUCCAUAUGGGUCACAGGCUUGACGUGUUAUGCUUGACCCACUCAGUUUUCACCACAAAACACCAGAAAAUGGCCAAAAAGAGUGGAACCAGCUCACCUGCUCUUACAUUACGAUUUGACUAUUAGAUGGUUAACAUUUCUUGAAGUUUUUAUUUUUUUUCCAAAGGAAUAGUUUCACCAUAUUCAGUUCACAUAACAGGGUUAACCAUAAAAUGAGGAACAUGUUGUUUUUUACCUUAAAAUGAAUCACUAAUCACAUGAAAUAAAUGAUCAUCUUCAGAAAUGACUUUGUCAAAGCAACAAGGGCUUUGAUGGUGAAAACUUUUGUGGGGUUAAGUAUGUUCAAAUCUUCCUGGAAGUCAGAGGGUGCAAGGAAGGACAUGUCAAAAUGCUGAAUUUUGGCACUUUAGCAAGUCUUUAUUCAUAUACAAAAAUAUGUAUUUAGUUCUCUAUAUGGUCUAUAAUAAAGGGCACUUCAUUGACUAUAACAGGCUUUUAAAAUUGAAUAUUGAUGCACAAUUUCAAAAGGUGCUCAUUUUGUUGAACGACCCAUAUAGACUAAUUAACCAACCCACAUUUAUUAUUUGUCAUAUACAGAUCUGCUAUCUUAAUUUUAUCUCUCGGUUGUCGCAGGAAAUGGUAAUUGUAGUGUAUUCAAGGUUUAAAAAGGCUUCUAAAGUUUGUAAUUUCCACUUAAAAAUGUGACUUGAUUUGACCAAACGAAAAAUGUAUCAACACCUACAAGUGUCCAAUAAUUAUAAUCCACAUAAUUCACAUUUCCUGUUGCUGUUGGAUUAUUUUCCUGCUGUGAGAAGCAGGGUCAAAUUAAGAUGUUGUACGUGUAUACAGAGUACAUUACAUAUCUAGCUAUAACCAUGAUGUAAAUUAGUUCAUUUUGUUUGUGUAUAGAUCUAUAAAUAUAAUUUUAGAUUGCACUGACUAGCCAUAGUUAAGGGAAAUAUCUACUAAUAUGUUUGAGUGUGUGUGUGUGUGUGUGUAUGUAUAUAUAUAUAUAUAUAUAUAUAUAUAUAUAUAUAUAUAUAUAUAUAUAUAUAUAUAUAUAUAUAUAUAUAUAUUCUGGAACAGGGAUGGCUUGUAAAGAGACUGCAAUAUUAUGUUUAGAGUUACUGCCAGACAGAGAGCAGUGGAAGAGAGUGAUGAAGAUCUAGGGAGUAGUUCCCUCAGACAUAUUAAAGUGAGAUUGCACUUCCUGAUGUAGCCUCAUUUUGACGAUUGCUCAUUAAGAAAUGCCAGUGGCCAUGGCUGAAGUCAAAUGAGAGUUGUCUUAGGGGUGUGGAUUGAUGUGGGUGUGUUGUGUUCACUUAAUCGUACCCUGACAGGUACUGUUGUUUGUCCCUCCUGAGUCACUGUACAAUAACACAGCCACUUCUUCAAAAUAUUCCGAUUUAAGAUCAAUAAAAACAUCUGUAAUUAAUUUAGUCGUGCAAUUUUAGAUCUAGCUAAGGUGUUUGGUGCAGUAUAUCUCAAGUAAAUAAAUGCAUGAAAAACUAGUCUGUGCACUGCAUACAGCCUAUCGAGUCGGGAAAGUCUGGCUGCUCGCUCAGGACUGAUUUCUGAGAACAAUAACUUGUCUACAACUUCAUCAUCUGCAAGCUGUUAUCAGUGCCCAAAAUCACUUUCCAGCUAAAUUACAACUCUGUUUGUCAAUGAAGCUAGCAAGUAGUAGCUAGAAGGCGUAUUGAGCACAACCAGGCCACAAUCAGCUUAUCAAGUCACUCAAAAUUGAGUUGCAGAUGGGAUACAAGUGUGAUAUAAGAUCAUCUCAAUUCUCAUUUUGCCCCCAAAAAGUGGCAGACUCGGGGGUUUGACACUCUCAAACACAUCCGCAUGUGGCCAGUCCUUAAAGGGCUUAGGGCCAAUGGUUAUUUCAACAUAACAUUGGUGACGGGUUGUCUUAUGUAAACAAGUCUGAGGCGCUGCGUAAUUGGCAGGUCUGUUUCACUGUCUGGAGGUUCUGGCUGCUAGUGGGCAUGAUCCUAAUCCCUACCCAACACUUCAGGAAGUCAUGACCUAUUCACUUCAUAAACUAGGUUUUAUCCUAUUUCCCUUUGUAAUCAAUUUUGACACUAGAAUGAAUGUUUGACUCAUAUCGAUGCCACACAGGCCGUUUUAAAACCAGAGACGUUAGAGAUGAUCUAGUGUGUAGUUCCCUCAGACAUCUUAACGUCUGUAAAACACCAGAGAGAUGUUGCAGGAGGGAAAGCUAGUUAGCAACAUACCCCCCUCCCUGUAAUCAUACUGCCAUUAUUAUCCUUUAUUACAACUAGAGUCAGUGUGUUUAGUCCAAUGAUAGUGCCACGUUAUUAUAUCAGAUCCUCCUCAUCCUUUCCCUACUGAUGACGUCAACGUUAUGAUUGUUUGCCCUUUGUGUGUGAGUGGAGAGAGACGAGCCUGGACUGGACAGUAGAUACUGGUCACAGAAGUAGCUUCUUAGGAAUGUCUCUGCCGGUGUGUCUGGGGCUCGUACUUUCAGCUCAUGCUCUUACAGAUUGUCGCAAAACAAAGUACAAUGGCAAUAAUUAUAAGUCUUAUGAUGGUUUGAGGUUUUCUGAACUAGCCAGAUCAGGCAGUCUAGAGUCCAAUUUAGCCACCUCCGAAACAGACUGGCCUUCCAGGCUGAAAUAGAAUAGCCCCAUCUGAAGAUAGUCCAUAUUCUGUGUUUUAAUAAAUGACUUCUGUACCUGGACGGUGCUGUGACACCUUCUGUACCCGUGACAUUGUGAGACUCCUUCCUUCCUGUGCUAGUGUAAACUGACUCUCAAACUGUGCUAGUGUAAACUGUGCUCGUGUAAACUGGGCGUGCUCUAUAUGUGUCACUGUCAUAACCAGCUGUCACUGACAAAAUAUCAUAUUGUGAUUCGUGUUAACUGCCCAUUAUGCAGUGUUCUGUAGGUUUUGUUUCUACUAUGUAUUGUCUCUGUCAAGUCAACCCAUGCCAGUAGUUUACCGGAUUGUCCAUUGACGUUUCAAUUUUUACAAGGUUCAUGUUUACUGAGUAACUUUGUCAUUGUGUGUGUUCGUCCGUGCAUUCGUGUGUGCAUUUGUGUGUGCUUGUCUAUUCAGUCAUCACCCCAGACCAAACUAAUGAUCAGACCCAGUUUACAACCCAGUCCAUUAACUCCUCUUCCUCCUUCUCAUGAAGAACAAUGUAAUCAGCAUCACGCAGCUCUCUAUCCUUCCAACGAAGCCAAUAACAAGUCACAGUAACAGAUGAACACUACAGUGUUUUUUUGGCAGAUAAUACUGUAGUAUUUACUAUAGUGUACUUCAAUAUUCUAUAGUAAGUACUACACAUGAUCGGGGGAUACUACAUUGUGUAGUAUAGUAAGUACUGUAGUAUUCUAUAGUAAACUUGUGUUUUUCAUGUGGGUACAUUUAUUUUGAACUAAACAACAACAGUUCUGCUUGGUGUAAAUCUAAUGCUUAUUAGAUCUGUUACACCUUUCUGUCCACUCAUCUCCUUUUCCUUGUAUAGUAAAUGUAGCUCUUUACAUUGUAGUGCUGUAGGUCAAACUAUCUAAUCUGUGAACUUUGCACUUUAAACUGGAUUCCCUAGUGACAGAGGCAGCUUGUACAUGGAGAAAAUGCCUUAUGAUGAGUGCUGGACCUGACUUUGCAUGCUAGUGACGUAGCUACGUACAGUUCAAUGACCAUCUAGCUGAAUUUAUGUAUGUUACUGUUUCUUCCUGAUCAAAUUUCCAUGAAACAUUUAAGUUUGUCUUUGCCAAUUGCACUGAAGAUGUUCUGUUUCAAAGAAACCUUUUAUUGCUGAAAUUAUAAGAAAAACACAUACUUUUUAAUUGAACUGUAUGUAGUAUGGCUGUUGUAGAAGCACCAUGUCUCUCAGUACCAAUGUCGUAAGAUGUAGACAUAUUGUCAAAUACAGUCGGACGCCCACACAGUUGGUGUACAUACAGCAACAUUUUAACAGACAGAGCUACGUAGUAGAAAUCAGCAUAGUUCAUUGCCAAUUAGUAAAAGAAGAGACCGUCUUAGCAUUGGCAGUGACGUUGAGGGCUUCCACCAUUUGAAUGUAGUCAACUGGGUGGAACUUCCAAAUUCAUUGGCGGAUCCCUCCUGGUGACUCUUGGAGUCAUGUCCAACCAGGUGAUCAGGAGGGAUCAGACAACCAUGAAGAAAAUUGACUACUUCAAAAUGGUACUGCCCAUGCUGUCACAGAUGCUACAAUGCCACAGAUACAAAGAUAAGUCCUCUAUCUAUCUGAGUAAAGCUCAUCUCAGAAGUGAGACUGGACUGUGGUAGAAUGUCCCCCUGUGAUUUCACCUAGCUUUUCCAGGUGAAAUUGAAUUAUAUUUGUAUAAUAGGCUACAGUGUUUCAAACAGUCGUAGGUUUUUCCAUCACAAUACAACAGCAUGUGGUUGUGUGUGACUGAUUGUCAGACUAUAGGUGAGGUGUUCUCUCUCCCAUAGUUUGAUAGACUGCAGUAUGUGAUGUUUGUAUUGUUAUUAAAACACUGUGCCGCACUAACUGACUGACUGACUGUAUCCUCCUGAUCCUGAAUGUUUGUCCUGCUCAGCUGUUUUUUUUUCAUCCUGAUUGUCAUUUGAUUGGUUGUCAAAUAAAUUAACCUUACGAAUGUUGGCGUCGCCAAAA